AUGGUGAACCACCAGGUCCCACAUUCGGCGGCUGAGGUGCAGAAUCAGGCGCCUGAGACGCAGCAUUCGGCGCCUGAGGUCCCACAUUCGGCGGCUGAGGUGCAGAAUCAGGAGCCUGAGGCGCCGCAAUCGGCGCCUGAGGUCCCACAUUCGGCGGCUGAGGUGCAGAAUCAGGCGCCUGAGGCGCAGCAUUCGGCGCCUGAGGUCCCACAUUCGGCGGCUGAGGUGCAGAAUCAGGAGCCUGAGGCGCCGCAAUCGGCGCCUGAGGUCCCACAUUCGGCGGCUGAGAUGCAGAAUCAGGCGCCUGAGGCGCAGCAUUCGGCGCCUGAGGUCCCACAUUCGGCGGCUGAGGUGCAGAAUCAGGCGCCUGAGGCGCAGCAUUCGGCGCCUGAGGUCCCACAUUCGGCGGCUGAGGUGCAGAAUCAAGCGCCUGAGGCGCAGCAUUCGGCGCCUGAGGUGCCGAAUCGGGCGCCUCGCUGCAGCUGCCUGCCGCUGGCUGCUGCGGGCUGCUGGCUGCUGCGGGCUGCUGGAUGCUGA